GCAAACCCUCCUCACAGUCACUACUCACCAGCAGACCGGAACGCUCUUCCUACAGAUCAGUUCUCUGCUCACAGACUGAACUCACUUGCUCACCAGCAGACCGGAACGAUCUUCCUACAGAUCAGUUCUCUGCUCACAGACUGAACUCACUACUCACCAGCAGACCGGAAAGCUCUUCCUACAGAUCAGUUCUCUGCUCACAGACUGAACUCACUACUCACCAGCAGACCGGAACGCUCUUCCUACAGAUCAGUUCUCUGCUCACAGACUCACUUGCUCACACACCGACUCUCCAAGACUCAUUUCAAGAGUCAUCAACAUAACUCCUUAACAUUUCAUUAAGAUAAGAACGUGAACAACAGGAGAACAGUUGUGAACAACGGGAGUACAAACAAGGAAGUGAACAACAGGAGUAUAAGCCAGGUGAACAACGAGUACAGACAUUAGAGUGAACAACACGAGUACAAGAUGCCUCCCUGUACAACUGACUCAGAUACUAUGACACUGACGGAUGGCUGUCACUUGACGGACGAGCUGUCAAAGUGCAUCAACAGUGAUAGUUUGACUGAACAACUUAAGUCCACCAGGAAGCUAAGAUUACUGGUGUCCAGUCAGAGCUGCAGCUCUACCGUCCAAAAGAUCAUAGAGUCUGGAGCUCUAAAGAGACUUGUCAACUUCCUACAAGCUGAAGACUGGCAAUUACAGCAUGAAGCAGCAUGGGUAUUGUGCAACAUAGCAGCAAGUAUGAGUACUCACACCCAGGCUGUGGUUAAUGCUGGUGGUGUGGGCAGCCUGGCGGCCCUGAUGAAGCAUUCUACCCACCAGGAACUAUGCCACACAACAGCCUGGGCACUGAGCAACAUUGCUGCUGACUCCAGUGCCGGGCGCGACCUCAUCCUCUCUUUCGAUAUUCUUACGCCUCUCAUACGAAUGGUGAAUGAGAGUGAGAAUCAAGUUCUAACAACAGCCACUUGGUUCCUACUUAAUCUUUGUCUGCCACAACACCUGCCAGUUAACCUGGGCCAGAUGGUGAGGUGUCUACCAACCAUCUGUGACCUCAUCUUCCACAAGGAUGCCCAGGUGGAAGAGGAUGCUUGCAUGGCACUCACUAACCUGGCCACAACAUACAAACACCAACUUCAGGCUGUCCUCUGCCCUGAAUUCUACUCUAAACUUGUUCAGUUUCAUAAACUGAACCCUGGGAAGAGCAAAGUAAACAAACUUGUCAACGUGUUGCAGGAACUGCAACCAGCAACUGACAUCAAUAAUCAGGUAAUUGGAGCAGUUAGUGUUUCUCCUGAGAGGGGAACAUCAACACUGUCAACACCAAGGAAGACUCCACUUGCAAAAACCAUCAAAAGAUCCAACAUGAAACGGUGCAUCAGCCCUUCCUCCUGGGAUGUUGCUACCAGAAGUACACCGAAGAGGUGUAGGGAUGCUUCACGGGAUGUUCGAAAUGAUGCCCCACUCAAGAGGGUCAUCAGAACACGAGCUUCAGCAAGGCUUUUGAUGUUCAGGACUCCUGGUCAGUCAACCUCAAGCAGUGUUAAGAAGACAGAAAUAUUCAGAGCAGUGGAGAUGGGAGAGCUGGAGAGAGUAGAGGAACUUGUACGUGAAACAGGACCAGCAGUGAGGAGACAGCAGACAGGCUGGUCUCUGCUGCAUACAGCAGCAGACAGCAACCAGCCAGAGGUGCUGAGCUUCCUGCUCAAGCUUAUCAGUCCCAAUAUUGUCAACAAGGAAGGUCAGACUCCAGCUCACUUGGCUGCCCUCAAAGGUCACACACAGGUGUUAGAUAUAUUGCUCCAUGAAGAGGACUUGAACCUUGACAAACGUGACAACCACAACAGAACCUUCAAGGACCUGCUAGCUGCACCGCUGUUCGAGGCUGUUCUGUGGUGGGAUACAAGGAAGGUACAGCAGUUGCUACAGCUUGGUGCUGAUCCUGACUACCACGCUGGUCACCUGGUACAAGGAACCUUGACCAGGGAACUGCAGGUGACCACACCUCGUCAACUGGCACUCUCCUUACACCGAGAGCAUAUUUUCCCCAUGGUUCCUCAGAAUGAUAGGCUUCAGGUCACCAGUUUCAGCUUCAGCAAUGUGGAUAGUUUAGCUUUGAGCUUCGGUGACCUUUCCAAAGAUGCUUGCAAGAAUCAGAGAUCUGGAGGAUCCAGAGUCAAGACAUUAGGACCAGACAUCUACAGGAUGGACACAGAUCCCAGAGGAUACGUGUGUAUCCUGAGCUACAGUUCCUUCAAGGAGCGACCUGACCUGGCCCUUGAGGGGUCACACUUAAAUGUCAAGAACCUGUCAAACAUCUGGGAGAAAAUGGGUUACACUGGACACUCACAUUGUUCCUUGACAGCACAAGAGACCAAACAAGUGUUGACCAGUGUCAGGAACAUGGAGCUCCUGGACCGUGUUGGAUGUGCUGUUUUUAUUAUCUCAAGUCACGGUGUCGAAAAUGAAAAGUUUUUAACAAGUGACAUGAAUCUUUUGACUACUCAGUGGGUAUGUGAAAUUUUUAAGGACUCAGAAUGCCCACAGUUAAAAAAUAAGCCCAAAUUAUUCAUCUUUGACUUUUGUUGUGGUUACUACAAAGAGAAUGCUAGAAGAGACAACACAGUCAAAUAUACAAGAAUGGAAGAACCUCUACAGGACAUAAUGUGUUUGUACUCAAGCAGUGGAGGUUUUACCUCGUACUCCUUUACUAAGGAAGGAACUCCCUUCAACACUGCUCUGUGUCGCACCCUGGCACAACACUCCCAUGAUAAGGAACUUGCUGACUUGUACAGACAGUUACUCAAGGAGUGUGCCAACAACUCUUACACUGGGUCGCCACUACUGAAAAAUAUUGGCUUCAGCAAGAAGUUCUUCUUCAACCCUGCAUCUUAAUUCUAACACAGCACAGCCUGAACACUGAUAUUUCUGGCUUGGUUUUCUUGGGUUAUCACGGGGUAUUAAAAACCCUCCGGUAUCUUUAAACACAGUGGCAGAGUGUUCAGUACACAACAAUAAAGUCCUGGGUUUUAAUCAUGGGUGAAAAAGACGUAUAGAGCAAGUCUUCUUACACCUGCUGCCCAUAUUCUCUUAACAGUAAAUAGGUACCUAGUUGACUGUUGUGGGUUGCAUCAUUGAGAAGAGGAUAUAAGGGCCCCCGAGGAAAUAGGCCAGACCUAUGGGCUUCCUAGGUUGUCCCUAUUAUCACUCAGCAGUUAAUAAUCAAGAAAAGACUUCGUUUGCCUAACAUCUACUAAAAUUAUCUAUGGUACAACAUUCCUCUUCAGUGUUACCUUCAAGGAAAUGUUCUUCAUAGUUCUGAGUAGUGUGAUGAUGUAAAUAAUCAUAUUAGAAUUAAUCAUAAUUACUUGGAAUUAAAAUCAUAAAUUUUAGUUUGUAAACAGCAGGAGAGAAUCGAACACUACUCGAUACAGCAUAUGGUGUCAGUGACUCUAUAAACCCCCAACAACAAGAAUCUAAUCCUUUGAGAAUCUCUAUUGUUUAUAUGGGGAAUAAAACCUAUCUCCAGAUAUGGGUCAUUGUCUGACAAAGAACCAUGUAAUGAUGCACUUGUUCUGUUUGCUGACCAAUAAACACUUACAAUCCUUUUCUAAAGAUUCGUGAGGAUCCUUCACUCUACUAAUUUUUUAUCAUCACACUGUACUUGGUUAGUUAGUUAAAGAUUAGCCUGUAUUCUCCCGGCCCGGGCCUUGUCCAAGUGGUGGCCCGGCCUUGGCUCCCUCUUUAGGGAGUGUCUGAGACCUAAGUCUCCCAUGGGAGGAAGCACAAGUACCUCCUCAUCUUUGGGACCAACUGUCCCCAGGCCUAGCCACAAGCUAGGCCUCUCUGGUCUGCCAUCCCCGCCCCAAGGGGGCAAAUGGGAAUGACAGUCUUAUGAGCUAAAGGCUCGGGCUCAGGCACCUACCCUACCCUAGAAGGGUUAGGCAUGGUGUCGAUGACACACUGUACUUAAAGAAAUAAAACUACUGUCAUACAUCUGGUUCAAAUUUUAUUAAGUUAAACAGAAAAAUGGAACAAAUAAUUUUGCUGCCAGGGCCAUCCAAAGUCAUUAAUAGUAUUAAUUGUACUAUUUUUAUGGAAAAUUUUCUAGGGUGUUUAUCUGUAUGUACCUCAACAUUAUAUACAUACAAGUAAUCUCAUUGGGAGACAACCAUAUUGUUUACCGUAGUCACCCCGUGUAGACAUGUGAGAAAACUUAACCACCUCUGGUCACUGCAGGUGGCCCCUUCGACCUCACAAUCUUAUCCAUAUCUAUCCGAGACCAGUAUGGAUUGGGUAGCACACACAAGUACGGUGCUACUAGUUAAUUGUGGACUGUAUAGAUUAUAUUAGUUUCGCUGAAUGAAGGGGAGGGGGGUAGGAUACACCUGGAUACAUCCAUCAAGGAAAACAUUUGUACAUAAUCCCACCACU